UAGCAUUGUCUGCUUGUACUUGUCAUGGAAGAUGCAUGCAUUUACAUAACGCCUAUUUCAAUGGACAGAACAUGUGGAAGUAGAAGUUCUCCUUACUGGCUCUCAGUUACAGGAGUUCCUACGUUUGAACAUGUCUGUGACAUUUCUUCUCAUUCUACUUGCUGGCAGUGCCUUUCUAACCAGGAAUGCUAAUGGUUCACCACAUUAUAAUUUUAUUUUUCCUCUGGAGUCUUCAACUGCCAAUGUGAAAUUAACACCUAAGAAGGUGAUGAACUUCAGUGCUUUUACACUGUGUGUGAGAGCUUUUACUGAACUCAACAGAGAAUACUCUCUUUUCUCUUAUGCAACAUCUGCUAGAACUAAUGAACUGCUUCUCUUAAGUAAAUCGAAGGAAACCUUUGAAAUGUUUAUAGGUGACAGAUCUGUUACUAUCACAGCUAAAAACGUCCACCAAACAUGGAACCAUGUUUGUGUUACCUGGAACUCAAACACAGGACUAGUCGGAUUGUGGAUGAAUGGGGUGAGAUCUGUACGAAAAAGCUUAGCCAAAGGACACACCAUAGCAUUAGGAGGUGUUGUUAUAAUUGGGCAAGACCAAGACAUACUUGAAGGUGGUUUUGAUGCAAGUCAGUCAUUUGUGGGAGAAUUAAACAGUGUAAAUCUCUGGGAUUAUCUUUUGUCUCCUCAGGAAAUCCAUGAUGCUAGAGAAAUGAAAUACAGUGCUGUUGGCAAUGUUAUUGAUAUGGGAACCAUAAAAUACUGUCUCACAGGCGAUGUUGUGGUAGAAGAAAUUACAGAGCCAUGCAACAUCAAUGUGACUUGUUAAAUCAUCAGCAGUUUUAAAAUAAAUCAAACUGAAGGUAUGCUUAACACUUUUAUUGUGAAAAUAAUAAAAAUAUAUUUUAGGAGUUAUAGUUCAACUGCUAUAUUAAAAUUAGAAAAAAUAAUGCAAUAUACAGUGGAUAUAAAAAGUGU